GCCCCGUCUGUGGUUACACAAAACGGUCAAAACAGAGGCCAGGUCUGUUCUCAAAUACCACGCUCUGGAGGAGGGAUAAGAAUGUCCUAUGGUUCCUGGGCCAGUUCAGGUGGCUUAGAGAAGGGCAAAACAGUACCUUUAUAGACACUACAAAAAUCACUUGAAGAAGGAACAAACAUCUCUGAGUGGAGGGAACUACACCAGUGUGGCCCAGAUUAUAUAAAGGAUCAUCUACCAAAAAUUCAUCAGCACACUUCCUAUAUAGGAGAAAAGCACCCAGCAUUAGAAAAGACUGGAGAUCUCAGAUAUUUAUGGAGGCCUGCCUCAAACAGAUGCUUACCGGCAAAAUAUAAAUAUGAGUAUGUUGGUGAAAUUGGUUGGGGAAUACCAGAGUAUGAUUUUAUCAACCAAACAAGGCUUUGGACUGGCUUUCACAUCAAGUAUGGAGAACAAAGUCAAGCCACUAUUGAUAAAAUAGGACACAGAUACCAAAAUCCAUGGCAACCAAAACCUUAUAUUAUGGAUAUGCAAGGAAGAUUCAGUCGUGGUUCUAUUGCCUGGCAUAUGGGUGAUUAUGAAAACACCGAUCAAAGAAAUUCCAAAGCGGCUGUCCUUGUCAGGCAGAGCACGGCAGAAUUGCCCAGAGCUUCCAAACAACCGAAGCUGCCAAAGCGACCAAGAAAGGAGAGACAGAGA